UAGAGGUGUGUGUGUGUGUCAGUUCCCAGACUGAAUCUAACGUGUGACAGUUGGUAGGAUGAAGAUAGUCACAUGAUCCAUUUCCUCUCUCCCUCUCUCGCUGGCACUGUAACAACUUAAAACUCUAUCAGUACAUCUUUAACAACAUCUGCAACUGGCGGUCAUAUGCCUACCUGCCUCCUGUGCCGCAUGCCUCUCUGUUCAUACCGGUGACGAGAGGCCACUCUUAUCCAAUCAUGACGAGGAAUUCCAGCAUUGUCAAGGUAGACAAUGCCACCCUGUACCUGUUUCAAAAUGCAAACAUCAGCAUUGCCGUCUCUGUCAUCUACAUGAUUGUCACUGCCAUUAACCUAGUAGGAAAUGGCCUUUCCAUGUGGAUCCUUCUCUUCCGUACCACCCCCAAGACUCCCUCCAUAAUCUUCAUGAUUAAUCUCACCCUCACCGACUUGGCACUUGGCACUGCCCUGCCCUUUCAGAUUGCUUACCAGCUUAAAGGCUAUCACUGGACUUUGGGACCCGGGAUGUGCAGUUUCCUGACCCUCGUCUUCUACACCAAUAUGUACUGUUCCAUCCUGACCAUGAUGGCCAUCGGAAUUGACCGCUACCUGGGCAUCGUGUGGCCUAUGCGGUUCAGGCAGACCAGGAAGAGGAAGUCCUUUGCUGUCGUCAGCUGCCUCCUCAUGUGGAGUUUGGUCCUCAGUGUUCUGUACCCGCUGAUGACCACAGACCUGACCUUUGACAUUCCCGAACUCAAGAUUACCACAUGCUUUGACAUGCUGAAAAGAAACAUGCUGCCAUCGCUGUCAGCAUGGGCAGGCUUUCUCUUCAGCAUGGUGUUUGUCCUCUUCCUCUUCCCUUUCUGUGUCACGACGUUCUGCUAUAUCAGUGUCAUACGCAAACUGGCCAGAGAUUCUAAGACAGCCCAGAAAGGGAGAGCAAUACGUCUGGCCUUCAUUGUUCUUAUGGUCUUCACCCUCUGCUUUGCUCCCAACAACAUCCUCCUGUUGAGCCACUCUGUGCUGAGACUCUUCUAUGGGCAGUCUCUCUACACAGCCUACAAACUGUCUCUCUGUUUCAGCUGCCUGAAUAGCUGCCUUGAUCCAUUCAUCUACUACUUUGCUUCCAAAGAUUUCAGACAAAAGCUGAGACAGAUAAUGAAUCUGCACAGCCUGAGUAGUGCGGACUCGAUGAAGUUGGAACAUAAAGAGAGUGUGUACUCAACACACUGUGCUUUCGAAGGACAAGAGAAACAACACAGCAAGGUGUAUUUGAUGCAAGGGACACCACAGCCUAACGAGACAGAAUAAAAGACAGAGAAAAAAGAGGUGUUAUAGUGGCGUAAGAAAGGAAGCGAGAGAGAGAUAAAGUGUAUGUGUUAAAUGUCGCUCUUGUGUUUUUCUCACAGUUGUCACAGUACUUUUCCUCAGGUCACUUUCGAAACUGUUUUUACUUCACUUUUCUCUUGCACAACACAACAAAUGGAUAUGGACAACAGCUUUUUUUUGCAAACUUUGUCAUUAUUUUGCAUUGAACUAUGCGUUAUUUUAAAGGCAGAAAAAUAUUUUUUGUAUGUGUAUAAUAUCUGCCACAAACAUCAUAACUAUUAUUUUUGACAAGAUAUGUAGCAUGCACAAAUGUAAAAAAAUGUGAAUUAAACAUUUAUAUCAUAUAACCUUCUCUGCCCAAACAUUUUUUAACAUUUUUAAGAUGUUUUUACAUGUUUCUGUAGAUGUCUUUGUUCUGUUUAUUUUUUUAACUAGGGUAUAGCUGACCGUUUGAACUUUUGUUGAACCUUAGGAACUUUGUAUAUAGCCUUUGUAUUUUAAUUUUCUUUGCUUUCUUUAUCUUCAAAAUAAAGAAAUAUA